AUGUCUUCUGCUUUUCGCCGUCUUCUCCUCGUCUUUUUUCUUGCUUUUGCCUUGCUCUUCUCUUCUGUCGAUGCUGUCCACUCGUCGCACACUUCUUCUCAUGCCCGGCGUUCUCUAGCUCACAAAAUCCAGAACCGAAUAUCCAAAGCUCUUGUGCGCAGGCAGUUUUCCGGUGAUGGCGGCGGCGGUCCUCUGAGUGCGGUCUUUGGCGACUUGAACUCCGCGGUUAACGGUCUCCUGGGAGACGUGUCAAGCUCGCCCGGUACAACGGCGAUGGUGCCAGCAAGCUCGACAGAUGUUUCUUCUACGCCGACGUCAGCGCCGCCACCUACGACGCCUUCUUCUUCUCCGGCGUCUGCAGGUUCUAGCGCCUCGUCGUCUUUCGUCGAUCCGUCGAGUCCAAGCGCGUCUUCGGCAUCGUCACCUUCGGUUUCGUCCUCGUUUAGCGCGAGCUCAUCUUCUGUGAGCUCAACAAGCCACAGGGACAGUGCCUCGUCCAUCCCUACGUCGGCCACUCCCACCGACACCGAUUCGCCACUGUCGUCUUCGUCAGCUAUUUCGUCGGACGGUACGGUUUCAUCGGUGCCCUCCUCAUCGUUCACACUCGCCCCGAUACCGACACCGACACCAACACCGACUCCCACCCCGACACCGACCGACUCCAGCGGCCAAAGCUCGAGCACGGAUAAUCCGAAUCCUAUUCCGAGCGUUGUGUCAAAUCUGUCGAGUGUUGUGUCGAGUUUCCUGAAUCCUCCUACUUCCGCUCCGCCGUUGUCGUCUCCCGCAAGCGUGACGGACAGCUCGUCGCCCUCGUCAGGUCCCACCGAUAGCGAGGAGCCGUCAGCGAGGCCUAGUUCAUCUCCUCCCACGAGUCCGACCGACAGCCCUCCCCCUUCUGCGAGUCCCACCAAUACCUCGUCCCCUUCUGCGAGCCCUACGGAUAGUGCAGCUCCCUCUGCGAGUCCCACUGAUAGCUCGUCUCCUUCCUCAAGUGCCACCGAUAGUUCUACACCCACAGGCGCGAGCAGUGCAAGUCCUAUCUCGAGCGUUCCACCCACCAGCGUUGAACCAACGAGUACCCCUGCGAGUGAGACACCCACUCCGUCGUUCAGCUUGAGCAUCAGCUGGAGCAUCGGUUUUCCCCCCGUGUCGUCUUCCGAUCCGGAUUCCUCGGUCGUCUCUAGCAGCAGCCCCGCCAGCGCUACUGGCUCCUCUGCGAGCGGGCUCACGAUCAGUCUCCCCACUUCGGGAACGGUGAGCCUCCCGAUCAGUCCAUGGUCGUCGGUAUCGCCCAGCCUCCCCAACAGCCUGCCGUCAUGGGCCCCAUCGAUACCCUUGUCGUCCCCGUCUUUUUCGUUCAGCAUUUUCACUCCCACUUCAGGGUCCGUGAGUGCGUCCGUGACGUCUUCUCCGACAUCGGGCUCAGGAAGCGUGAGCCAGUCGGUGUCUGCGAGCCAGUCAGUGUCUGAGAGCCAGUCGGUGUCUGCGAGCCAGUCGGUGUCUGCGAGCCAGUCGGUGUCUGCGAGCCAGUCGGUGUCUGACAGCCAGUCGGUGUCUGCGAGCCAGUCGGUAUCUGACAGCCAAUCGGUGUCCGCGAGCCAAUCGGUAUCUGCGAGCCAAUCGGUAUCUGCAAGCCAGUCGGAUUCUGACAGCCAGUCAGUGUCUGCAACGCCUUCAGGUUCAACAAGCAUAUCUGCUAGUGGGAGUUCUAUUUCUGAAAGUGUUUCUACCUCUGGCUCGCAGUCGGCAUCCAGUGCUAGCAUCACUGGGAGCGCAUCCGUGUCGUUGUCUUUGUCCAGUGGUUCUCUCAGUGGAUCUGCAAGCAGCUCAGUCGUUAUCAGUUUCCCAUCAGGCUUGUCAAGCUCAGGUUCACUGUCAUUCUCUUCGCUUUCCACUGUCCGUCCUACGACCUCGAUCUCGAUUAAUUCCCAGUUCUCCUUCGUGACACAGUCAUCUCUCCUUGUGGCAUCGCUGUCGAGCACGUCGGCGACUCCUUCGACUCUCACUAAUCCCGAUCAGCCAACAUCGUCAGUAGAGAUAAACAGCGCGUCAGCGUCGGCGACUGCCAGCCCCUCCGCUGCUGCUCUUCCUUCUGGACUCGCUGCGCGCAUCUAUCCUUUGGACGUCCUCCCUGGUGACUUGAGUAACUACACCUUGAUCAGCAUCUUGUUUGGUCCUGCAUUGAACUGGCCAUUUGUCGUCAAUGACACGCAGGCGUCGGCUCAGAUAUUCGCGUGGGGACCUGCAGUGGUCUACAGUGCGUUGGCCAUACCAUCGGAUCAGGUCAUGAAUUAUGCGUUGCAGGCCUAUGAACCCACGUCUUAUGAGGGCCCUGCGGAUGUGAACCAACUUGGAACGAUCUGGCUUGCCUAUAUUCCCACCAACCAAGUGUCCACUUUGGCACAGCAGAUUAAAGUCUCAACUUCGCCGUUCUACACCGCUGCGGGUGAGCCUUACAUCGAGCUCGCGGCUCAAGUGAACCCGUCGUUCGAGUUGGACUCAGUUCCGUCUCCAAACUCGGGCACGGGCGGAAGUAGUGCCUCCAAUAGCACCGCGAGUACGUCCAACUCGUCCGGUUCUAACUCCCGCAAAGACGCCAUCAUCGGUGUGGUCAGCUCGUUGGGUGCCAUUGCCUUACUUGUGCUUGCGUUCCUCAUCGUGCGCGCCGUCAAGCAACGCAGGGAACUUGCUCACCGGCGUCUCUCUGAUCCUGUGGACACCACUAAUGACUUCGUCGGAGCGCGUCCUGAAGGCCAGGAAUUCGAUCGCGACAGUUUGGGCGGGCAGCGCAGGCGCAGCUUCUAUUAUGCUGCGGACUCGUUGCGCGGGUUCGCUGAUGUCGCCGCCGCCGCUGCAGGUGCUGCCUCGCAGGAUGGGAUGAGAGAGCGUAGGACUGUUAUGCCAGGCAUGAUUUCAGCCCCUGUGCUCAGGGACAACACGAUGAGUUGGUAG